AUGGGUGUGUUAAGGAAUGUAGAUGCGAGAGGCGUUCCUGGAAUUCCAUGGCUCAUUAAUACGCAGAAGCUUUUUGAAUGGGCAGAUGAAGUCAGAAUUGACCCAAAUAAUCCAGAAUAUUCUGAUUUAAUAGAAUUUAUUAUGUACAUGAAACAUAAAGGAAAGGAUAUUCCAAAGUAUUUUCGUCUUGAACAGUUGCAAGAUGAAUUUAAUUUUGUUUCUGAAGAGGAAAUGAAUAAAAGUAAACGUUUCCAGCUCUUGCAACUUAGAAAUGCAGGUCAAUUAGAUAUUUUCCCUCUGCAACAAAUGCCCCUUUAUGACGAAGAGAUUCCAGAUUCAGUCUUCCAGGAAUGUGAAAGUCAGAUAGAAAAGGAUGUGCCCUUUUCAGAUGUGAAUUCUAUUACUGCACAAAGGAUUAGUUCUGCCAAUUUUCUGAAAAAGAGCCUUGGAUAUGCCUACUUCUUUCAUAUCAUCCACAUCUCGCUUCAGAUAUAAAGAAACAAUAAAAUCAGUAGCCUCAGAAGAGAUCUUAAAUGAGAUACUGUACACCCUUUUGUGG